CAGGUGACCCGGAAGUUGUACUUGCGACGCCGCUUUCCUUCUCCCACAAUCCUUCGCGCUCUUCCUUUCCAACCCCGGCCCGGCAGGAUGGCUCCCGCAAAGAAGGGUGGCGAGAAGAAGAAGGGCCGGUCCGCCAUCAACGAGGUGGUAACCAGAGAAUACACCAUCAACAUUCACAAGCGCAUCCACGGAGUAGGUUUCAAGAAGCGUGCCCCUCGGGCACUCAAAGAAAUCCGGAAAUUUGCCAUGAAGGAGAUGGGAACUCCAGAUGUGCGCAUUGACACCAGGCUCAACAAAGCUGUCUGGGCCAAAGGAAUAAGGAAUGUCCCAUACCGUAUACGUGUGCGGUUGUCCAGAAAACGUAAUGAAGAUGAAGAUUCACCAAACAAGCUCUAUACGUUGGUUACCUAUGUACCUGUCACCACUUUCAAAAAUCUGCAGACAGUUAAUGUGGAUGAGAACUAACUGCUGAUUGUCCAAUAAACUUAUAGAACGGCCUUCGCAUCUUGAUUUUCCUUUUCUAGCUGCAGGUAAAAUGGGCUUGUAUAUCUUAAAGCAGUUCCCAGUUACAGCAUUUGGAGAGCAUUUCCUAACUAAUUACUGUGCCUGGGUCCCUUCUCCCCCAUCCCUGGAGUUUCUGAAUAUUUGCACAGAGCCUAGCCAGGUGUUCUAAGGAGGUUUUGAAAUACAUCCUGGCUUGAGAAUGGCUGUUUAGGGGUUGGGACAUUGCAGGUAUAAUGUUGAUGCUUUUACAUGCAUGUUUUGUUAAUUCUAAGAUAACUUUUUUCCAGAAACUGCCAUGUAGAACUUAACUGCCAUUUUUUACAUUUUAACAUACUAAAAUGGUACACUUUUGAUAGUCUUAGGUUGAAUGAAUUAUGUACAGUUCCUUUUUAGCUCACUUACUUGAGGUCGCCCCAUGAGGUGUUUUUAGUCCUAGGGGUCAUGUUUCAUUAGUGUUGACACCACUGAUGGCAAUUAAAUGCCAUAAAGAGGUCCCCUUUGGAAGGGGGGCUGCCUGCAAUGUAGUAUACUGCCACCAUGAACGUGGUGGGGCAGGGGAUCUCCCGCUUAUCCACUCACUGGCACAAUCCAGACUUCAGGCACUGAAAUCAGAUAUAAACACAGACCAGUCAAUACAAAAAUUUCUUAUUAAAAAAACUUGGAGGCCAA